AUGGUGGGCUACACGACAAAUACGGAUGGGCAAGAGGUCGGUUUUGUUGCAAUGGCAUCGAUUGAUGUGCCUGAAUGCCCUGAAUUUACGGGAUCCAUGAAAAUGACGCGUAUGCGAAUGAAGCGCACGCUAAUUAUAAAUCCGUCCAUCGAGUCAAAAGGGACGUCCGAAUUAUUUGUCAUGGGUGCCACUGAAACGAAUGAGUCAUCCAUCACAGAAAAUGCACAGUAUCGUAUGAACAUGGCAGUGUUGAACGACAUAUCACUUGUAAUCGACUCUCGCAAUAUUGCUAAACAGACGCUAACUCCUCCAAGAAACUGGAUUCCCGACAAAAGUUGUCAGUCUUGCAGUAUCUGUUGCCGAAAUUUCAAUUUCAUGUAUCGUCGGAGGCACCAUUGCCGACUGUGCGGUGACGUUAUUUGCAAGACCUGUUACGUCACUCGUGGCGUACUUGAUUCGGAAGCAGAUCGACCAGUAGACGUAUGCCAAAGGAAGUUUUGCGUCCGAUGUGUCAUGGGUCUACGUGUUAUGGACAAGCGAUUGGAUAAAUUCUCAAGACGAUUCUCCAAGUUGCUGCCACAUAAUAAGGAGCCCUCGAAUUUCUCAGCAAGCACUCCGGAGCACCAAUUAUCCACAGGAAACAUGCUUGGCUCCUUCACCACGUACUUCAAACGUGGCUCAAAUCAGAAGCAUCGUAUCAAUUUAAGUCAGCUUUACAAGCUGUCAGCGACACAGGAGACAAGUCCAGAGAUCGACGAAAAUCAGUCUGGUGGCACUUGUGCUCGAGCCUUCGUUGGAGGGUUUCUAGUGUCGUAUGAUUGUGGUAGCUCCAAGUGCUGUCAGUCUUCGCCCUCUUUGAACUUAUUGCAUUCCAAUUCGUAUGGAAAACUUCGUCAUCUAAGCCGUCACGGCUCAACAGCGAGUUUAGUGAGUAAUUCAGACUCUAUCGAGGAAACGUUAAUACCGAAAAUGGACGAGGUGACUCGGAUGGUGAUCAUCUAA